CGUGGCCCCCUGGAUGUCGCCAGCCCCUCCCCUGGGGCGGGGCAGGGCCGGCCUAUAUAAGGAGGCUGAGGGCGGGCACCGGAGGGUGAGGGCGGCUGCAGGGAGGACCAUGAGAGCUCUGCCCGCCUUGCUGCUGGCGCUGGCCGUGCGCGGGGCGGCUGCGGGCGCGCCCACCUAUCGUUGGCGGGACGCAGACACGGGAGAGUGGCUGGUGUGCCGCCAGUGCCCCCCUGGCACCUUCGUGCAGCGGCCGUGCCGCCGGGACGGCCCCACACUGUGCGGCGCUUGCCCGCAGCGCCACUACACGCAGUUCUGGAACUACCUGGAGCGCUGCCGCUACUGCAACGUCAUCUGCGGGGAGCACGAGGAGGAGGCACGGCCGUGCGCCGCCACCCACAACCGCGCCUGCCGCUGCCUCCCGGGCUUCUUCGCGCACGCUGGCUUCUGCCUGGAGCACGCGCCCUGCCCACCGGGCGCGGGCAUGGUCAUCCCCGGCACCCCCAGCCAGAACACGCAGUGCCAGCCGUGUCCCCCGGGCACCUUCUCAGCCAACAGCUCCAGCUCAGAGCAGUGCCAGCCCCACCGCAACUGCACCGCCCUCGGCCUAGCCCUCAACGUCCCAGGCUCCUCCUCCCGCGACGCCCUGUGCACCAACUGCUCGGGCUUCCCUCUCAGCACGCUGGAGCCGGGGGAGCCAGGACCCGAGGAGUGCGAGCGCGCCCUAGUGGACUUCGUGGCUUUCCAGGACAUCGCCUUGAGGAAGCUCCUGCGGUUGCAGGAGGCCCUUGCGGGCCCGGGGGCCUGGAGUCCGGCGUCGCCGAGGGAGGGCCGCGCAGUCUUGCAGCAGAAGUUGUGGCAGCAGCUCACGGAGCUCCGCGAAGCGCGGCCUGGGACGCUGGCGGCGGGGCUUCUGCGCGCGCUGCACGUGGCCAGGCUGCCCGGCUUGGAACGCACUGUCCGGACGCGCUUCUUCACGGUCCCCUGACCGACCGCCUCCCUUAUUUAUUCUGUGAACCGGCCCCCCCGCCGCACCAAAGGCUACUGAUCUGGCUCCCGUCACGCUGGCGAAGUUUAUUUUUUAU